AUGGCUCUCCCCAACCUACGCAACAUAGUGAGCACCACACAGUUUGACGAAAUGACCCCUUUCCUCGCCCAACUCGCCCAACUCGCCCAACUCACCCAAUCCCCUGCCUCAACUCUCAUCAGUUCGCCUCCUUCCGAACCGCGCACGAAGAACGACAAUACUCCCAAGCCGCUUUUUACAAAUUCCUUGGCUUUAUCCUUGUUUCGCUUGGGAUGAGCUUGGUCGCUCAUAAAGGGAGGAGGGCGAUCAAAUGA